AUGAGUGCUCCCCAUGACUAUGAGGCGGUCCGUAAGGACAUUGUCGCCCAGCUGAAGAAGCCCGACUAUGACGACGGAAGCGCGGGACCAGUGUUUGUGCGACUGGCAUGGCACUCAUCGGGCACAUAUGACCUGGAAUCCGACACCGGUGGUUCGAAUGGCGCCGGCAUGCGAUAUGAAGCGGAGGGUGGCGACCCAGCUAAUGCAGGCCUUCAACACGGUCGGGCCUUCCUGGAACCUGUCAAGGAGAAGCACCCAUGGAUCACAUACUCGGAUCUUUGGACAUUGGCCGGCGUCGUAGCUGUCAAAGAGAUGGGUGGACCAGAUAUUCCCUGGAAAGGCGGACGAACCGAUUUGGUAGAUGACUCCAAGGUGCCCCCGCGAGGACGUUUGCCCGAUGGCGCACUAGGCGCAGACCACUUGCGCUUUAUCUUCAACCGCAUGGGUUUCAAUGACCAGGAAAUCGUCGCUUUGGCUGGUGGACACAACAUGGGUCGAUGCCAUGGGGAUCGCAGUGGGUUUGAAGGGCCAUGGGUGACAAACCCAACGCGCUUCUCGAACUCGUUCUUCAAGCUGCUCUUGCAGUUGGACUGGAAGCCACGCACUUUGUCGACGGGUAUGACCCAGUUCGUUUAUGAGGACCCGGAUGCCGAGGAGGAUGAGGAAGCCUUGAUGAUGCUGCCGACCGACAUGGCACUCAAGACCGAUCCCGCAUUCUUACCUUGGGUGCAGAAGUAUGCCGAGGAUAAGGAUCUGUUCUUUGAUCACUUUGCCAAGGUUUUUGCCAAGCUGGUCGAGCUGGGUAUCCAGCGUGAUGAGAAGGGUGUCAUCCUCAACACUGACAAUGUGAUGGGUGGCUAUGUCUCUGCGCCUAAGAAAAGCAACACAGCCACUGGCCCCAACAAGAAGAACAAGAGCGAACCUCGUGCUCGUCUGUAG